UCAACAUUCCAAGAAAGCAGCCAUGUCCGGUCAGGCAGCAGUGUAACAGAUGGGCCAGGUCUUACACCUGCUUCAAUCCAGUCUUACCACUAUGAAGGAGGUGGUAGUGGAACUGCUGACUAUGACCUGGUCACAGGUGUUCACUCCAAUUAUCAGAGUAACACCCUAACAGCUGGAGGAGGCAGCCUUGGUGGAAGUUCCUUGGGCUAUUCUGGUGGUGUUAGUGGUGGUGGUGGGUGGUGGUGCUGGGGGAUUUUCAACUAUGUCAUCCAGCUAUAACUACUCUGUGAAGACUGUACGAACAGUGUCAGGUCAGCAGCAGAUGAUUGGCUAUGCAGGUGCUCCUCAUAUUGGUGUACCUCCUGGUGCCCUGGGGGAGGAAGUCCGUGUGGACUGCUGCCUUAUGACAAAUGAUGGUCGUAGUGUGGUGACAGGCUCAAGCCUAGGCCCACCCCAAGUCUGGGACAUGCAGACUGGAGAGCUAUUGCGGAUCAUGCGUGGAGAGACUGUGGGAUCUACCAAUCUCCACCUGGCAUGUAAUGACAGGCUACUAGUUGGAGCCAUUAAUGCUGACUUGGAGGUCAACCAGUCCUCUAUUCCCAAGGGUGUGCACAACUAUCUGCUGCAGAUAUGGGAUUUCAGCACUGGCCAAGCUUUAGAAAUGGCAGACCUAGAGGUGUGUUCAGCUCUAGCAAUGAUGAGUGACAAUGAUAAGGUGGUCUUUGGGCGUUCAGACAAGUUUGGUGGUGGUACCAACAUUGUGGUCUGGGAUCUGCUUGGAAAUCAGCCUAUCAAGCACAUGCGCUUUGAUGCACCCAUUGGCAACAAUGAUUAUGUUCACUUCCUUGCCCUAUCUCAGAAUGACAGGUAUGUCGUCGCUGGUUUUACCAACAGCUUUGACAACUUUGCGGAGUUUGUGGUGUUUGAUAUGACCCUUACUUCCUACACAGUCUCAGACCCCUCCAUUUUGCGCCUUGAUGCUAGUCCAGAAUGCACUGCAGUGCUGCCCCGUGAUGAAGCUGUCACUGGACUUCGCAAUGGGGACCUUGUGAUCUGGAGUCUUCGCACUGGUCAACCUAGCCGUCAGUUGCUGUCUGGGUCAGGUCGCCAUGCCCAUUCACGAGAGGUCAAAGCUGUUGCCAGGUCAGAGGACAACAAGUUCCUAGUUUCUGCUUCUGCAGAUGGUACUCUGAAGGUGUGGGACGUUGAAACUGAGCGUCACAUCAAUACUUUGAAUGGACACACAGAUGAGGUUUGGUGCUGUGCCAUAUCCCCUGACAAUGAAAUUGUGGUGUCUGGCUCCCGAGACAAGACCAUUCGCUUGUGGCGCCUUAAGAGUGGUACAGAAAUAUGCAGCUUCAAUGCAGGUGUAGACAUCUUCCAUGUCACAAUGUCUCGGGACAAGUCAGUCAUUGUUGCCUUGGGUGACAAGCUUGGAGCCCGCAAGCUGAUCAUGUUGCAGGUUGUGCGUACCAAAGUGCGCCGACAGAUCAGCAGUUAGAUAACCUGGGCCUGCCAAGAGUUAUGUGGCAUAGGGAGAGCAUCAUUCACUGCUUGAGGCCUCCGUUAAGGAUUUAUUUGCAACCCUUGGAACGCUUUUUGGAAUUCUUUGCUAAUUAUACAGAUAAAUUUCUCUCGAGUUUGUUUGGAGCAUGUGUUCAGCUGUUGCCAUUUGCAACCUACAUUAAGAGAAGCUUUAAAAUAUUUAACUGAUUAAACGAACUGAUAUUCAGUGUAUAGCCAACAGUUGUAUUUUAUUCUUCUUGAUAAAAUUUUAAAGCAUCUCAAUUUUGGCAUACUCUUUUUGAAAAAAAGAAUAGUAUAAGUAUCCAAAUGCAGUGCUGUUGAUACUACUUUUUUUCCUCCCAGCUUUCUGCUGGGUUUUCUAAUCUUUGUUAAAAAUACUGUUGUUCCCUCAGCAGCAGGUAACAGUACGAAUGUUUCAUUUUGCUUGUUUCAGACACUGCUUAGGAUAGUCCUUAAAUACAUCUGUUUAGAAUGAUAAUAUUUAAAGUGUGUGAUAGAAAUAAUAUUAUUUAACAACAAACCUCCUGUGGAUCAUUAAAUCUUGUGAAUUUUCCCAACAGCUGGGUCUUCACAUUAAACUCAGCCAUGAUAUUUUACUUGCUUAUGCCUUGUGUUUGGAAUGUAAUGAAGAAUUAUGUUUCUUUCCCUUCCUAUGGUAGGGUUAAAAGAAGUAAUAAGUGAAUAUUUUACUUUAAGAGACUCUGGGAUGCAAUACAAUGGUAAACACUGUAUUGAUUUCCCCUACUAGAAUCCCGUACUGUUCCAUCUUUAUUUGUGGCAGUCAUGAACAUCAUCCAUUUGUUCUGUCAGUGUAAUUAUAUGAUUUCUACCAAAUUACCUCUAAAGAUCUGUGAAGCAACUGCAAAAACCUAAUUUUACUCUAGAAAUAGACAUUUCCCCAGCUAGCCAAUCUAGCAGUAGCAUAUUCAUCUAUUUUUACAUUUUUAAAAUUCAGAAUACAUUGGGGUCUUUUUCACCAUUUAUUUUUUGUGUCAUGUUCAGGUCCUCUUUCGUGCUUCUGAGUUUGUUGCUUUGUCUGCUAGGAGGAAAAAACUGCUGUUUCCAGGGAGAAAGUGUUGCCAUUGUAAAUGCCCCGCUCCAACUGCUGUUUCUCUGCUAUUAUUCUCCUAUUUUUCAGAUUACCAGUGUUUGUUACACUGUUGAUGAAUGAUAUAAGAGAUAAACUAGAUGCAGAGAAAAAAAUUUUAAUUUGCCCAUAAAAGACUUUAAUUUUUAUCAAGAAUGUCAGUUCCUGAUAUUUCAGUUACUACAAUAUUUUUCAGUUUAGUGAUUUGCUUAGUCUCAGUGAUGAUUUAAGCUGAUCCCAUUCUGCAGCGUUAUUUUUAUAGAUGCUAUAAAUAAAGGAAUAUGAUGAACUAAAUAAUACACUGUUUAAUGGCUGUAUGUGUGACUGGACAUUUCCUGGAAGGAUUAUUAAGAACGAAAUCUCCAAAGAAAAUGACUGAUUUAGAGAUUCACGAAGAACUAAAACACCCCUUCUUACUUCUCUAACCAGUAGGCACAUGGAAUCUCACGACUCAAAGAGAAUGUGAAUAUGAUAAUUUAUAUUUACAAAUGUGUUGAUGCCUGAAGAAAUAUUACAAGUGAUCGUGAUUGCUAAAAUUGUAUGUAUGUGGUAUAUCUGAAUGUGAUAUAAACAAACAUUAUAUACACUGGUGCUAAUUUUUCUACUUUCACACUGUACUUUGAUCACUGUGUAUAAUAGCACUGAUUACAGGUAUGUAUUGUAGAUGUAGCAUGUAAUUUGAUUGCGGUAAUUUUAAAGAGUAAUCAUGGUGACUGUUAAAGAUUUUACUUCCUAGUUUUUACAUUUUAUUUACAGCAUUUUACAAGAAAUCAUGACACAGCUACCCAAUUCAAGCAGUGCAUAAUAGGAAACAAAAUCUUUAGAGGAGUCAUCUUUUACUUAAACAGCAAAUUUUUGAGAUGAUUGAAAAGUUGGAUGGUCUUCUACCCACCUGCCAAGUCACUGAUAACCAAUAUCUAUAUAUAUUUUUUUAAAUAUGUGCAUACAUGCAUGAACACUCACUCUCAUACAAAGACUGAUUUUUUUUCAUUAUUAUUUUUUUUUUUGUGGUUACUUUUGGUGUUUGGUAAAUGUUGUAAAUUUACUUGCAGGUCUUGUUUUGGAAAUUUUGCUAUGCUUGCUUUUCCUGAGUGAAUACUGUGUUGUUUCACUACACUAUUAUUACUGUCAAGUAAUCUGAACAUUUUGUAAUAAAUAUAUGCAAUUACCAAAUCGUU